AUGGCGGGAGCCCGGCACCCGGUGUGUGUGAGUGGGGCAGCUCUGUUGCAGACAGAGAGGCUCCAGCAGACGUUCGCCUUCUCCGUGUGCUGGUCAGAUGACAGCGACAGCUUCGUACGCAGAAGCUGGGAGGACUUCAGGAGAUUCCACAAAACCCUCAAGGAGACCUUCCCGGUGGAGGCAGGCCUGCUGCGGAGAUCUGAUCGCAUUCUCCCCAAGCUCCCAGCCGAUGCACCCUGGCUGGUGCUCCGAGGCCGUACCGGUCGAGGCCUGGCCCGCCUGCAGCUGCUGGAGGCCUACCUGAGGGCGCUGCUGGUGGCCGGGGAGCGUGUGUCCCGCAGCCCGGUGCUCACUGGCUUCUUCGCGCCACAACCUCCGGACUUGGAGCCUAUGCUGCCACCCGGCAGCCUGGUGAUCCUGCCCAACCCGCAAGAGCCCCCGCCAGGCCCCCCAGGCAGCCCUGCCAUCCGCACCCUGGAGGCCCAGAGCCUGCGCUGCCUGCAGCCCUUCAGCACCCAGGACACGCGGGGCCAGCCCUUCCGCGCUCAAGCCCAGGAGGCCCUGGAUGUGCUGCUACGACACCCCUCAGGCUGGUGGCUAGUGGCAAACGAGGACCAGCAGACAGCGUGGUUUCCUGCUCCCUACCUGGAGGAGGCGGCCCCACACCAGGGACAGGAUGGGGGACAGCCCCUGGGGAUAAGCGGGCCCCAGUUCUGUGCUGUCUGCGCCUAUGAGAGCAGCCGGGCUGAUGAGCUGUCUGUGCCCGCAGGGGCACGCGUGCAUGUGCUGGAAGCCUCUGACCGAGGCUGGUGGCUGUGCAGGUUCCGAGGGUGCACCGGUCUUCUCCCAGCUGUGACGCUGCAGCAUGAUGGGCUGGGCACCCUCCUCAGCGGGCCGUGGCUCCACCAUGGGGCUGAUGGUGCAGAGGGCAGGGAGGGCAAGGCCCAUGGCUCCCCCAGAUCCCCCCAGGCCGUGAUGCUUCCGCCUCCUGUGCCUGCUCGGCCGCCUCUGAGUGCCAUUCAGAGCCGCUGCUGCACCAUCACCCGUAAGGCACUACGGCAGGGAGCCCCCUGA